AUGUGGAAAAGGACUGGAAUGGGACUUGGGAGUCUUGCAAGUUCUGCUGUAGUUAAUGAUGUUUACAAUUUCACUGAAUUCGAUCAACAUGUUGGUGACUCAGCAGGACCUGAAUAUAAAGCCGUAUUACAAGAAGUUAGUCAACUUGUUGAAGAAAAGCUUGCAUCAAAUAGUAAAGCAUUGAAGACCACAUUUGGUGCUACUCAGCUGAAAAUAGAUGGCGACUUUUUGUAUUUUCUAGCAGAGGCUGCAUCCAUAGCUUUUCAAUAUGGGAAUCCAGAUAAACUUUGCACCCCAAUGACUGAAGCUAAGAAGGCUGGAGAGGAUCUAGUUGCUAAACCCUGCAAGAGUUUGUGGGUAAGUGGCAUCAGCAGUUCCACUACCAAGGAAGAUCUAGAGGAAGAAAUUUCCAAAUUUGGUAAAUUUGAGGAUUUCAAAUUCCUAAGAGAUAAGAACACGGCAUACAUUGAUUAUUCCAAACUAGAGGAUGCAUCCAAGGCUCUUAAAAUGAUGCAUGGCAAGAAAAGAGGGGGAUCUGUCAUUCGUGUUGACUAUCUAAGAUCUCAACCCAAAAGAGACCAGGUCCUGAUUUCCGUAAUGCAAAGGUAG